ACCAGAACUGUGAGGGAAAAAGAUAUCAUGGCUACAAUUGCUGACCAGUUAUCGAGUGCAGCAGCCAGAGGGGACCUGCAGCUAGCAAGAACCAUGUUACAAGAGGGUGCGGAUCCCAAUGUCAAAAACUCCUUUGGAAGGUGCCCCAUACAGGUGAUGAUGAUGGGAAGUUCUCAGAUGGCACAACUCCUGAUUGAUUAUUUUGCUGACCCAAAUAUCGCGGACCCAUCCACAGGAAUGACUCCAGCCCACGAUGCAGCCGGCUCUGGCUUUCUGGAUACACUGCUAGUGUUGCUCCGCGGGGGAGCGUACCUGCACCGACCACUAGACAACUGGGGGAGGUGCCCAGUGGACCUGGUCAGCCCACAGAUGAUGGACAGUCUGUCAGAGCUAGGCUUAGUCUGAUUUAUCUCAUCCAGACGCAGCACAUCUUCAAAAAACAAAAAAAUGCGCUUUAUUAUGACUUUAUUCAAUCCAGGCUAUGUGAGCGCUGACCAUUAAUAAAUUAGUAACGCUUUAUUGUACCUCUCCUUCAAAUAGUUUCCUCAUUUCUAAUUGAACAUUUCUGACUGAUCCUACCUUGUCUCACUGUACUUUGGCCAGCUGCAAUAUGCUCCUCACAUUACAGUGUCUACCAGCUUUGUUUUUCGAAGAUGAAGACAAAUGCAAUGUUUCUUUUAAUCAACAGACUCUCUUCAUUAGA